AUGGACGCAUCUGUCCCUGACUCUAGGAGACGGUCGUCUCGGGCAGGAAGACACCACAAGGUCUCCGCCGCGUGCCUUCAAUGCCGCACCAAGAAGAUCAAGUGUGACGGCGAGCGCCCGAUCUGCGGCCCUUGCCUCAAGAGACACGGCGACCAAGCGACGUGCACCUUGCGCCCAACCGCCGAGCAGGAACUUGCGCUCUUCCGCGAAAAGAUCGCAGAGCUCGACGACAAAAUUAGACAGCUCGAAAGCCGCGAUGUUGGAUCUUCGACACUCUCCGGCCCCGGCCCAGACGCGGAACAGGCCGUGCCGCCGCUGUCGGACGUCCAAAGCCGAGAGGUCUGGGAAGGCCUCCGUCGCGGGGAGGUGUCGCUCUCGUCAGGGUCGUAUCGGGCUCCGGCAGACGUGGACCCCAUGGUGGGCGCAAGUUCCAAUAACUUUUCUAGCGACUCAAUAUUCUUUGGCAGUUCGAGCGCCAGCGGCUUCGUCCGGCAGGUGGAGGAAGCCUUCUAUCCCGAAGGCGAGUCCCCGAACUCAGCUGCUGCCGGCGUCGACACGCAUGGCCCGGCUGCGUCCCGUCAUCCGUCUGCGCCGUCGGAAGACCUAUCCACCCAAACACUCCAACUGCCGCACCAGUCCGCCGCCGACCACCUGUUGGGAAUCUACUGGACGAUCGUCGACCCUCUCUACCCGUUCCUUGACAAAGCCGAGACCCAGGCUCGGUGCGCACGUCUCUGGGCGGAUGGACCGCCGCUCAACGUCACGCGGUCCUUCGUGUGUCAGAUCAACAUGAUCUUCGCCAUGACCAGCCAGCUCGACGAGCGGGUCCCACCGGGCGACAGGGCCGGGCACGCCGAGGUGUACCUCGACCGUGCUAUGAGGCACCUGGUCUCCGAGCUGUGGGAGUCGGCGUCGCUGCAGUCCGUACAAAACUUCUUGAUUCUGGCACAGUAUCUCCAGAGCACCAACAAAGGCUACCAGUGUUGGAUGGUGGUCGGACAUGCCGUUCGAAUGGCCCAAAAUCUCGGUCUUCAUCUCCGCGAGACCUCGGAAAAGAUCCAUUCGGCCCGGAAGCGCCAGUUGUACCGGAAAGUGUGGCAUGGCUGCAUAUUAAUGGACAGGAUCGUUGCGCUGACAUUUGGCCGGCCGACCGUGGUCAGCCUGAAAGAUGCCUCUUGUGUCCCUCUGCCUCUCCCGGUGGACGACGAGUUCUUGCCCGAGGAAUCGACGAUGGAGCCACACUCCAUUCCCAAGGGCCCGAUGGUCGUCGAGUUCUACAUUGAGACUUUGAAGUUGUACGCCAUCCUAGACGAGAUUCUCACAACCCUGUAUGCCACGACCACGGCUGUGCCCCGAAUUGCCAGUAACGAAAGCCAGUCAUCUUCGCUGAGAGCAAGAAGAAUGACAGCUCUCCUACAACUGGACCUCUCCCUGGCGUCCUGGCUCAAAUCACUUCCGGAUCAUUUGAGGCCCGUACACACUCAGGCGUCUCUCAGCCCAUUCUUUCGUCAGGGAAUAGUACUCCAUUCACGGUACCUUCACGUGCGCAUUUUGCUCUUCCGGCCAAUGCUGGCGCGGUUCAUCACCGCUCGAAACGAAAGCAAGGUAGUCGAACAGCAGGCCGAGACAACGUUGUACGAAACCCUCACACACCGCGCGUCCGUAUCCUGCGUCGAGACCGCCGUCCACGCCGUCGAGACGAUUGAAUCGCGGCUGCCCGAGUCUGACGGCGCCAUCGGAGCUCUUCCGGCUUGGUGGUACAAUGUUCUGUACGUGUAUACGGCCGCCGUCGUCCUCUUAGCCGCGGCGGGGUGUGCCGAGCUGCAUCUCCAAGUCCCUCGACGGCAUAUUUUGGCGUGCUGGGGAAAGGCACAUCGUGUUUUGAGCAGCUACCUCGCCUAUAGCCCCUCUGUCCAGAGAAGCAUCACCGCGUUGGAAGUCUUGUUCUCUCGCAUUGCCGCACAAAAUCGGUUGUCCUUUCCCAUGAGCAACUGGAAAAGCAUGGAUCACGGACCCGAGUUCGCUGAAGAGCUACCUGCAAGUCAAAAUCUGGAACGAAAUAUGGACAUGAGCGGGCUCCAUGCCGAUAUGUUCUCCCAUUCCACACCAAAUGUUGAUCCUACUGCAUUUGCUUUCAACAGCACCAAUUAUUCUUCAGGUUUGUCAUCUGAGCUGUGGAUGAAUGGUAUCCCCGAUGCUCGGCCGGAUUCUGGGCACCAACACUUGUUCGCUCGCCCGGGGGACAUGACUUGGUUUAGCGACCUGCAGUUCAACAUGUAG